AUGUCCAACAUAAACAUCAAUAAAUCGACACCUGCUGUCAUCGAAUGGCCAUCCGGCGACACGGCCCAUUUAUUAGUCGAGCCCGACCCCAAGUACGCCAACAUAACAUUCACGACGCGCUUCGAUGCGACCACCUCGUUCUUCGAACUGAGCAUACCGAUCAAGAUCAAGCAUACCAGACUAAAGGAUGACAAGGAAGGAGACAACAGCGUAUCGGCACUCUUGCUGCGUAUUUGCUCUUCUACCGUCGAUACCUUCUCCUUCGCCUCUAGCACAAAAGCUCCCAACGCCGUACAAAAGAAGCUCGCAUCUCGCACGACGCGUCUCGACUUCCAACUCGACCGAACUAUUGAUGCACUUGUUCCCAAAAAUGCUCAAGAGCCUCUUGUACCAGCUCGUGGGCAAUCAGGGUUAGUUCUUGAUGCUGUCCGCCAGAUCUCAAAUACAACUACCUUAUCUGUCUACAUUCAAGACACCAUUUUGUCCGAUACUCAGUUGCAAUCAAUUCGUGACGCAUGCGGCCAAGGCUGUUCCAAGCCAAUUUGUAGAGAUGAUCACCACUUCUCCAGCCUCUACGGUGGUAAUGGAGCCAAGGUCAUUCGUCUAUCGGCCGAGACUGGACAACUCCCUCCUUCGUAUCACAAAAUCGGGUCGCCACCGCCGAGCGCUCCCAUCAAUCCGUUAAAGAGACGGCGCCAAGAUUCCGAGGCUGAGCGCAGUGAUACCGCGACCGAAUUACAAGCCCUGCUCGGAAAGAUGGAGGCGCGAAUGCUAGCAAAGAUGGAGGAGCGCCUGAAGGGGCUGGAACACGAGAAACACACCUCGAGAGAAGACCUAAAUAAACGCAUCGAAGAUCUCGAGAACGAGAACCAACGCUUGAAAGAAAGCAUGGAAGAACGCGUCAAAGGCCUGGAAAGCGAGAACCAGCAUCUUCGAGAAGGCAUUGACAAGUUGCGCGCACUCCUUGAGAAUCAGAGUGACGACAUCGAUCGCGUUGGAGAACAGACCUCGGAGAACACCGCCGAGUUGGUUACCAUCGACGAUGAAUUGACCCAUGUCAGGCACGAUGUCGACGAGUUGGUGGUCAAGACCGAUUCUCUCGAAAGAGGCGACUUGGUAGAGAUGGUUAAGAGUGAUGUUCUCGAAUACAUAAGGAUACGCCUCUGGGGGAACGAUUGA